CUCAUUCACAAUCUUGGACAGCUUAGCUUUGGCUUCCUGAAUAUAUUUCACAUUUAAAUUUUUUCACCACUAACACAGAAGUGCAUAGAGGAAAUCUGCACUGAAGUGAAAUGAAGAAGUGAAAGAUGCUUUUUAGUUUCUGUUUAACACAGUCGAGAAGCAAGAUUAACGUCGCCAUCAUUCAAGAAUAAAGAAACACAUCCAGGUUUUGAACAACAUGAGGCAGUAAAUCAAUGAGGUAUGAUGACAUCUGCGGAGGACCUGCUUUGUGACGCACUAAAAAAGCUUCAAGAGGAAAAACUAAAGCGAUUUAAGAUCUUCUUAAAACAAGAUGGAUCCAUUCCAGCGACUGAACAUGAUGAUGUCCCAGGUACUGUGGAAAAGAUGAUCGAUUGUGUUGGACCAGAACAAGCUGUGAAGAUUACGCUGGACAUCCUGAUGAAGAUGGACCAGAACUAUCUGUCUGAAGAGUUAGAAAAGAAACACAAGAAAGUUCAAAACACUUCAGAUGAGAUCAGCAGCCGCCCUCACACUGGAGCCAUUGUUGAUGUGGAUGCAAAAACAGGUGCAAGUGUAAAUGCUCCUGUACUCACCGGAAACACUUUCACGGGCCCAGUCAACUUCAGUCUAAAUGCCGCAGGAACUGAGGCACAACAAUUUGCAGAGCAACAGACAUCAGAUAAACAAGAGUUAGCGCUGCAGACGUUCUUGAACACUCACAAAAUCAACAUGAAGGAAAAAGCAGAGCAUAUUUUUGAGGGCAGAAAAGAAAACGAAGCACUUCUGAGGGAUGUGUAUACCGAACUCUAUAUCACAGAGGGGGAUAUUAAAGAAGUCAAUCGGGAACAUGAGAUUCUAAAGAUCGAUGAUGCUUUCAAGACUAAGAAAUCACAGGACAGGCAGAUAGACUGCAGUGAAAUAUUCCGUUUACUGCGGAAAAAUAAAAAGAUUGUGCUGACCAAGGGCAUCGCUGGUAUUGGAAAAACCGUCUCUGUACACAAGUUAAUCCUGGACUGGGCUGAAGGAAAAGCCAAUCAGGAGAUACAUUGCAUGUUCCUGCUUUCGUUCCGAGAGAUCAACUUAAUGAAAAAUGAAGAAUUCAAUCUCCACGAGUUUCUACUGGAAUUUUAUCCAGAAUUGAACGGACUGGAAAAAACAAAGUUCUAUGAAACACACAAUCUUGUUUUUAUAUUCGAUGGACUUGAUGAGAGUCAACUAGCUUUGAAGUUUGAAAGCAGAACAUUGAAGGUGGUUGACAAAAAAUCAUCAGUAGAUCUGCUGUUUACCAGUCUGGUCAAAGGGGACUUGCUUCCAUCAGCUCUCGUCUGGGUAACCUCCCGACCAGCGGCAGCCAAUCAGAUCCCUCCUGAGUUUGUGGGUUUGUAUACAGAGGUGCGAGGAUUCACUGACCAGCAGAAGGAGGAGUACUUCAGAAAGAGAAUAUCGGAUGAGUCUCAGGCUUCCAGGAUCAUCUCGCACAUCAAGACGUCUCGUAGUCUCUACAUCAUGUGCCACAUUCCCGUCUUCUGUUGGAUCACGGCUACUGUACUACUGGAAAUUCUCUUUAAGAACAACGGGGAGCACAUUCCCACCACACUGACUGAAAUGUACGUUCAUUUCCUACUUAUACAGAUGACUUUAAAGAACCAAAAGUUUGACGAAACGGUAGAAAGAAACUACAAGAAACUGCUAGAUGCAAAUCUUACAAACAUUUUGAAGUUGGCCAAGCUAGCAUUCAAACAACUAAAGAAGGAAAAGACAGUGUUCUUUGAAGAAGACCUAAAAGAAUGUGGAAUUGAUGCAAGUGAUGACUGUGAGCAAACAGGAAUGUUCACCGAGAUCUUGAAGAAGGAAGCUGGAAUUUAUGAGAUGAAAGUCUUCUGCUUUGUUCAUCUGAGCAUUCAAGAGUUUCUCGCUGCUCUCUAUGUGUUCUUCUGCUACCUGAACAAAAACCUGGAGGAGCUUCAGUUUUUCUUUGAAAAUUCAAAAAGGAAGAGCAUAAAUGAGUUUUCAUUCCACUUUAAAAAGAUGUUAAAUAAAGUCAAACUACACGAAUUGCUAAAGAGAGCCAUUGCCAAAGCAAUGCAGAAUGAGAGAGGACAUUUAGACCUUUUCUUGCGAUUCCUGCUGGGAAUUUCACUGGAAUCCAAUCGGAAGAUGCUCAGUGGCUUGUUCGCGUGCAACAAAGACACCACAAAGAGCAUUACCAAAGUAAUCAAACACAUUAAACAAUUACAAGAUAAAGAUCUCCCAGCUGAAACUUCAAUAAACCUGUUCUUCUGCUUGGUUGAAGUAAAGGACCAUUCGUUAUUCAAGGAAGUGCAAAGAUAUCUCAGUUCAAAUACAAGAAGAGAACUGUCAUAUUCAAUGUGCUCAGUGCUGGCCUACAUACUGCUGAUGUCAGAGGAGGUUCUGGAUGAGUUUAACCUGAAGAUGUACAAGACAUCAACAGCAGGUUACAUGAGACUAGUUCCAGUUGUUAGAUGCUGCAGGAAAGCCCUGUUUGACAACGGUGGUCUUACUGAAACGUGUUGUGAGAUUGUGAAAUUGGCCCUCCAGUUACCAAACUCCCCGCUCAUAGAGCUGGACCUGAGCUUCAAUAGCCUGCAUGAUUCAGGAGUGAAGCUGCUCUCUGAUGGACUGCAGAGUCCAAACUGUCAGCUGAACAUAUUGAGAUUGUCCGGCUCUAGACUGACUUGUCAGUGCUGUGAAAGUUUGGCAUCAGUUCUACAAUCAUCAAACUCCUCUCUGAGAGAACUGGACCUGAGUAACAAUGACCUCCAGGAUUUAGGAAUCAAGCUGCUAUCUGAUGGACUGAAGAGUCCAAAUUGUCAGCUGGAGAUAUUGAGAUUGGCUUUGUGUAAUCUCUCUGGUCAGUGCUGUGAAAGUUUGUCAUCAGCUCUACAAUCAUCAGACUCCUGCCUUAGAGAGCUGGACCUAAGUAACAAUGACCUGCAUGAUUCAGGAGUCCAGCUGAUUUAUGAUGGACUGAAGAGUCCAAACUGUCAACUAAAAAAACUGAGUUUAGCAGGCUGCAAUCUGACUGGUCAGCAUUGUGAAAGUUUGGCAUCAGUUCUUCAAUCAUCAAACUUCUCUCUGAGAAAACUGGACCUGAGUAACAACGACCUCCAGGAUUCAGGAGUAAAGCUGCUAUCUGAUGGACUGAAGAGUUCAAACUGUCAGCUGGAGAUAUUGAGAUUGGCCAUGUGUAGUCUCAAUACACAACACUGUGAAAGUUUGGCAUCAGUUCUACAAUCAUCAAACUCAUCUCUGAAAGAACUGGACCUGAUGAACAAUGACCUGCAGGAUUCAGGAGUCAAACUGCUCUCUGAUGGACUGAAGAGUCCAAACUGUCAGCUGGAGAUAUUGAGAUUAUCAGGCUGUAUGGUGACAGAGGAAGGCUGUGGUUAUCUGGCUUCAGCUCUGAGUUCAAACCAAUCACAUCUGAAAGAGUUGGAUCUGAGCUACAAUCACACAGGACCCUCAGGAGAUCAGAUCCUCUCUGAAAGACUCAAUGAACCAAACUGCACACUGAAAAAACUCAAUGUGGAUCACGAUGGAAAGUUCAGGAUAACAGCAGGACUUAAAAAAUAUGCCUGUAAUCUCACGCUGGAUCCAAAUACAAUCCACACUCAUCUAAAGCUGUUUGAGGAGAACCAGAAGGUGACAUAUAUGGACAAAGAGCAGUCGUAUCCCGAUCAUCCAGACAGAUUCGAUGUGUGGCACCAGGUUUUGAGUAGAGAGCGUCUGAUUGGACGCUGUUACUGGGAGGCUGAAUGGAGUGGGAAGGGUGUUUAUAUUUCACUGUCAUACAAAGAAAUUAAGAGGAAAGGAUGGGAUGAUGAAGGCAAGUUUGGCGUCGGCGCUGAUUCUUGGACUCUCAUUUGUUCUGAUAACAGGUUCACUGCCCGGCACAAUAACAACUUCACCUACAUACCGAUUUAUUCACCUCCCUCAAACAAAGUAGGGGUGUAUGUGGACUGGCCGAAUGGGACUCUGUCCUUUUACAGUGUUUCUGACACAAACACUUUAACACACCUAAUCACAUUCAACUCCACAUUUACUGAACCCCUUUAUGCUGGAUUAAGGGUCUUUGAUGAUUCCUCUGCGUCUUUGACUUGGUUUGAAUUGUAAUAACUUACUGAACAGUUGUGCACACUGCUUCUGCUUUACUAUAUGCAUACUGCAAAUAUAAAGGUCAGAUGUAGACAUGUAGUUGCAUGCAGGUAUCACAUCACUUCUGCUUUUUUAUAAUUCUCGAUUUUUUUAAGGGCCAUUUACAUGUAAGAUAGAAAGUCAUGUCUAGUUUUAUACAACACCUUGUUUAUCAUAUUAUUGACUAAACGUCUCUUAGUGGAAGGAUUUAUUUAUGAGGACAAUCAAAUCUGUAAUUAAUAUAUUGUAUAUUAUUCUAUAAACUAUAUUUUCUUAAUCCUCCUUUUUCUGUGGUUUCUUUUCAUGUAAAGCUGCUUCAAAGCAAUCCAACAUUGUAAAAAGCACUAUAUAAAUAAAAAAAACGUACAUUUUUGUAGCUGCAGAUUUCACUUUCUUUCUGAAAUGCACAGAUUUGAAAAGCUUUGUGUCCCUGAUUGGCCAACUAAUCUGUACGUUGUGAUUGGCCUGAAUACCUCUUACAAUAGCCGGAAAUGUGACGCUCCUUACCAUGUUUGAAAGAUUUGGUUGCUAACAGCAGUAAAUUUACAGGCUGUGAGUCUGAAGCGGGAUGAAUUAUGAUAAUGUCGGUCUUGUCCACGUCACCAAUCCCAGAAAGUAAACUGUUGCCUACAAUCCGUGUGUUUGUUGUAGUCCAUGAAAAGAGAUUUACGUUGGAUAUGAUAACUCGCGUCAUCAUUUACUUUGGGGUUUGUACCUUUUGCAUAUCGUUAACAUGUACUAAUACACACUUACACACCAAAGGAAAUUUUAAUUGGUCAAUAGGUGCUCUUUAAACUAAGCAAUUUCUUCUAAAUUGUUAAAUCUGAGAAAUGUUAGGAAACGAUUUAGAAAGCUAA